CGGAGUGCCAGGGAGGGACUGUGAAGCUGCCGGACACUGCCACCAAUGACAUCGCUAAGUGCGGAGUGCCAGGGAGGGACUGUGAAGCUGCCGGACACUGCCACCAAUGACAGCGCUGAGGGCGGAGUGUCAGGUCGGGUCCUCCAUGGCGGCAGUGGACAGCUUUCACCUCUUAUACAGAGAGGUGGCCAAGACUUGUCACAACCACUUGGAGUUUUUGGCUGUGGUUGGCGCCCUGUACACAGCCAGGAAAAGCCUCUGCAUCUUGUCUGACUGUUACCGUCUGCUCAGACUUCAUCUGACGCCGUGUCUGCUCCGCAGGAGAGACUUUGUCCAUGAGUAUGGAGAAUGGGCGGUUGUGACCGGUGCCACCAACAGCCUCGGCAAAGCAUAUGCAGAAGCGCUCGCCAAGCGUGGUAUGAAUGUCCUCCUGAUCUGCAGCAAGAGAGAGACCUUACACAGCGUUUCUGAGGCCAUCGCUGUAAUUUACGGAGUUAAUGCAAACUUUAUUGAUGUCGAUUUCAGCCGGGGCCCUGAGGUCUAUCCCUCCAUUAGGAGGGCACUGAGGGAUUUAGAUGUUGGGAUUCUAGUGAAUAAUGCUGCAGGGUUUGAUGAGCGUCCAGAAGGUGUCGUUGCGAUGCCAGAGGAUACAGUUUGGGAGAUCAUUCACGUCAACAUGGCUGCGGCUGUAAUGAUGGCUCACAUAGUGCUCCCGGGAAUGGUGGCGAGGAAGAGAGGCGCCAUCGUCAAUGUGAUAUCUGGCUCUGAUGGCAAAAGUGACGCCCAAACCGCUGCCUCCAAGGCCUAUCUAGAAACCUUCAGCAGAAAACUAGAUUCUGAGGUGUCGGCCAGUGGAAUAUUUGUGCAGUGCUUAACGCCUUUACAUGUAGGAGACGCACAUACAUCUCACAUGUUUGCUCCGUCUCCUGAUGUUUAUGCUCGCCAUGCUGUGAGAACAUUGGGGUUCUCCACCAGGACCACAGGAUACUGGGCUCAUUCAUUGCAGGUCCUCGCUUGUCGAUGGAUUCCCGGCUGGUUAUGUAGCUCAAUAGGAAGAUUUGCCCAACAGUGAUAAAUGGAUGUGAUGUUAUGACCAAGAUGAUAGACUUCACACUCGCUGUUGUGUCUCUGCUGUGGUGCCACCACUUGAAUAUGUUUCAAUUACCGGUUAUCUGAACUUAAGACUUAAAGGGUUAUUCCAUCUAAACAUUUAUGGCAUAUCCACAGGACAUGACGUAAAUGUCCAAUAGAUGCAAGUCUCUGUGUUUGUGCUUCUCUCUCCAUUCACUUAUAUGGGGUUACUGAAAAUAGUGUGUUUGGCUGAUUUCAGAAGUCCCAUAGAAGUGAAUGGAGAAAGCUGCUGCAGCCACCACUGCAGCCAGUUACUGGCCUCAGCUGUCUUGUGCUGUUCACCACUGAGGCCAGCAGCUGGCUGCAGCGGUAUAUGGGCUGUCACCACUGCAGCCCAGGAAAGUGGAUGGAGUAGCCGUGCUGGAUCUGAAGGUAAGGUAUUUAUUUAUUUUUUUUGACAGGCUUCCGCCACUUAACUAGAAUAAAAUAGGAACUCGGGGAAGACCUCUUUAAGCCUGUAUAUCAUAUAGAAACAAGUGUCUCUGAAAAGACAGAAAUGACACUCCUUAAUGGUCACUAUACUUUCACUAUGCAGACUUUGCAUAACUCAAUAAUCUAAACAAAUGUAAGAAAGCUUGUACACUGAGCGAUGAGACAAGUUGUCAUCUCACUGAAGGAAUAGGUUACUUGCUGCUCAUAGAAGUCUAUGGAGGAGGAGUGAGCUGCUGGAGGGAGACAUGCACACACAAUGCUGCUAGCUGUAGUAAGUUUUCUGUCUCGCCCCAGUGCUGGAUUCACAGCUUCACUGCUCAUCCAUUCUGCUUCUGAAGGUGUGCUACAGAGAGACUGGGGAACAGGCUCUUGUGUGUGCAGUGUAUGGCAGACAUCAUAGCAGCUAGACUCCACCCACUAUCUCAGCAAGAACAGACUAUUAAAGAUGUAGUCUGCAGGAGGUUAACGAUAAAUGCAGAAUACAAGUCAUAUAAUGAAAAGAUACAGUGUAGUUCCUCAUAUGCACACAAAUGAUGAGCUUAUUCUAAAAAGUCACCUGAACCGACAAAUACACUUAAAGGGGUUGUCCCCUCAGAGCUGAACCCAGACACACCCCAAUCAGCACUCAUUUACCAUGAAUGAGUGGAGCAUCAGAGCUUUUCACGCUCCGAUGCUCCCCCUUGCCCUGCACUAAAUCACGCAGGACAAGGGAAAUUUGGAGCUGGAGGCUUCUAGCUAGCAGUGAGCCCGGUGACGUCACCGGCACUAAUGUGCGGUCAUUAGCGCUGCCCUAUCCUGUUUUAAAAGGCUAGGGCAGCGCUAAAGCUUGGCCAUUAGAGUCAGUGACGUCUAGGGAAAUACUGCUAGGUGGAAGCCUCUGCCUAGCAGUGUCCAAUUGUAAACACACAGCCCUUGCCCUGCAGAUCGGGUUGUGUCCAGGUAUAGCUUUGAACCCGGACAACCCCUUUAAAUUUUUCCACAAGAUUUUAUAGUGACCUCCUGCACCAUCCAGAAGUUUACUAGGGAAGCGGCUGAGCAGGACAAAUGCUGCCUCCCUUUUUUUGGAUACUAUUUAAAAACAUUUGUGAAAAUUUAGACUUGUAAUUGGAUGAUUGUGAUGUUAACAAUGAUCUUGAAACACAGAAAACAGAUCAAAUGUUUCCUUGAGAUGGAUGUAAUGUCACAACUGUGCAGGCUUUAGUCUUGACGAUUCACAGACAGUGGCCAUGUACCCCUUUUACAGUGGAAAGGUGAGAGUAAGUAUUGCUUUUUUUUCUGUAGUCCUUUGUGGCUUUUUUUUAAUUUUAUAUAAAUGCACCUCCUUGGAAACCCCUUUAAAUGACCUGUUAGUGCUUCCACUCCGCGCCUUCGGGCCAUUUGACACUUUUAUCAAAAGGCCUGAUUAGAUUUUUGCUCUUGGCGGGCAGGUCGGUAACCCCUUGAUUCUGUAGGAACUCCCCAGGGAGAAAAAAAAACCUCCCAGGCUGUGAGUGCUGCGCUGCGAUUGGACAGCGCUACAGCCUGGGAGAAACGGGGCAGACUCCUCCCUGGUGUUCCGAUAGUAGCAAUUACCAUAAUGCACAGGAGAAGGUAACGGGGCCACAGCGGGCAAACGGAGCGGCACCCAGGGAUAAUAGUAAGUGCAGUGAGAUCCCUGGGCGCCGCUGUAUAUGUCCAGAUUAUCCAGUUACGGUAUCUUACAAUAUUUGGAGCCAUGAAAGGUCCUCUUUAAUUUGAUAGUCUACUGUCCACGGAUGGCUGGGAGGUAUCAUUGAAAUACACAUGCCUGCUCAGUGGUCAUCAGCUGUCUAAUAUGAAUGAAUUAAACAUUUUGCCUGUAGCGUGUUUAGCCAGAUAUGGGACAACUGCUGUUUCCACAGGUCACUAAGUAGCAGAGGCUGCACAUUAGUCACAUUUCUUAGUUUUCUUCCACCUACAGAUUGUGUAUUUUGUUCUUUGUAUGUAUAUUUUUACAAAUAAACUUAAAUAAUACAGCU